UUACAUUUCGUAUCAUCUACAAAUUACACACUUUUCUAUUCACCUGCUCUAUUAUGUCGCCCUCUGUCGACAGCGCCAUCCUCUCUGCACUCAACCUGGACAAACAUCACACCACCAUCUCCUCCGCCGGCGGAUCGGGCUUCUCAUCCACAUUCAGGCUCUGCACCGCAAAAGAUGGCCAGCCCUUUGACUACUUUGUCAAGACAGGUUCCGGAGAGGGGGCCAGAAUAAUGUUUCAAGGCGAACAUGCCUCCCUCAACGCCAUCCACGACGCCGUCCCCAACUUUUGUCCCAAAUCAUACUGCCAUGGCCCCAUGCAGCAAGCCAACAGGUAUUUCCUCGCCACGGAUUACCUCCAACUGGGCUACUCCGACUCAAAGGGCUCGGGCAUCUCCCUCGCCGCAAAGCUGGCCAAGCUCCACACAACGCCUGCGCCUAUCCCAGAGGGCUUUGAUAAUCCCAUGUUUGGCUUCCCCGUCCCGACUUGUUGCGGAGACACAGAGCAGGACAACUCUUGGAAGUCAUCCUGGGCAGACUUUUACGCUGAAAACCGGUUACGUUACAUAAUGAAGCGGAUUGUAAAAAACCACGGCCCGGAUGGUGAUGCAGUCGACAUGGUAGAAAGAGUUGCCAGUGAGGUCGUCCCUCGACUCGUUGGGGAUGAGCGGAUGAACAUCACGCCAGUGGUGAUACACGGCGAUCUCUGGAGUGGAAACCAUUCAGCAGGCCAGAUCGCUGGAAAAGGUGGUCGCGAAGAAGUUGUCUUUGAUCCUUCCUGCGUCUAUGGCCACUCAGAGUACGAGCUCGGAAUCAUGAACAUGUUUGGAGGCUUCGGCAGCUCCUUUUGGAGAGAAUACGAGAAAUUAGUUCCAAAAGCAGAGCCCGCAGAGGAAUGGGAUGAUCGGGUCUCGCUCUACGAGUUAUACCAUCAUUUAAACCACUAUGCGAUUUUUGGGUCAGGAUACCGUGGAGGAGCCAUGUCAAUCAUGAAGAAGCUCGUAUCCAAAUAUGGCAGCUAAAUGUAUAAAAGGUAUAAAUACUCCAUUACAGAGUGAGUUCCAUCCACAAUAGAUAAAAUAAGAAAUAAAGCAGAGAGAAUAUGUACCAGCGUGUACAAGAGAAGAUGAACGAAUAAGAAAAAGAAGCAUCAAAACGCCUUCCCCGUGCUCGCUAUGGUGUCGUUGUUGCCAUCUAUCAUCAAGCAUAUAACCAACCUCAACCAAAUUGUCUAAUAA